GGGGCGUUUGGCCGUUUCCGGAUUUGUGGAAGGCGGUUCGCCUGAAAGGCGGCAGAAGCUUGGGAUCGCGGGCGGUGGUCGCCGCGAUGUACCACAGCAGCACGCAGAGGCGCUACUGGACUUUCCGCAGCGAGGAGGAGCUGGGCCGCCGCCGCUCUGACGCCAACCGCAAGUUCAGAUGCAAAGCUGUGGCCAAUGGGAAGGUUCAACAGACAGACUCGUUUCUUCUUGACCCAAGUGAAGAGCUGAUAAUUUGUAAACAUUAUGAAAAAAGAUUAGCAGACUUUUGCUCUGUAUUUAAACCAGCAAUGCCCAGAUCUGUUGUGGGUACAGCCUGCAUGUAUUUCAAACGUUUUUACCUCAAUAACUCAGUAAUGGAGUAUCAUCCUCGCAUAAUUAUGUUAACUUGUGCGUUUUUGGCUUGUAAAGUAGAUGAAUUUAAUGUAUCUAGUGCACAGUUUGUUGGUAACCUUCGUGAGAGCCCAGCAGGACAGGAGAAGACUUUGGAACAGAUCUUGGAAUAUGAAUUGUUACUUAUUCAGCAGCUGAACUUCCACCUUAUAGUACAUAAUCCUUACAGACCAUUUGAAGGCUUCUUGAUCGAUUUGAAGACCCGUUAUCUAUUGCUUGAGAAUCCUGAGACGUUGAGGAAGACAGCAGAUGACUUUCUUAAUCGGGUAUCUUUAACAGAUGCAUGCCUUCUCUUUACACCUUCUCAGAUAGCUCUCACUGCUCUGGUAUCAAGUGCAUCCAGGGCAGGAUUUAAUAUGGAAAGUUACUUGUCAGGAAGCCUAAUGCUUAAAGAGAACAAAACAACCCUUUCGCAGUUGCUGGAUGGGAUGAAAUGCAUGAAAAAUCUGGUAAAAAAAUAUGAGCUACCACAUUCUGAAGAGGUUGCUGGUCUAAAACAGAAGCUAGAAAAAUGUCACAGUCCAGAACUUGCUCUUAAUACAAAUACGAAAAAGAGGAAAGGCUAUGAAGAUGAUGAAUUCAUCACAAAAAAAUCCAGAAUGGAGGAGGAUGAAUGGACGGAUGAUGAUUUCAUGGACUAAUCCAUCUGCAUUCCUAAUAGAAGAUGAAGUCUGAAUUCUAAUGAAUAUACUUCACUGAAAAUAAAACCAGGCAACAUGUAUAACUUCUCACUCAGUACAAAAUUAUAUAUUUCUAAUAUAAUAAAUCUUUUUUUUUUUUUUUUUUUACAAAAUGACUGGAAUACUUGCAUUUAUUUAAAUGGCAUUAUGACCAGGUGACUUUACACUGGACAGGGCUCAUCACCGCUUUUUUUCAUUGGGAAUUGGCCAUCAAUCAAGCAACUCUAAUAACCAUGUUCAAACAAGGUAUGAACAUAGCUACAUUCAAAGCGCUUCUAUAAAUACCUCAUAGCAUUAUAACCCAUAAUUAUUUCUUAAGCAUUAAUAAUGCAUGAAAUACUCUCAGAAUGAUGCCAUGCAAUGAUUUUAGACUGCUUUUAGUUUUUUUAAACUUUCAUUUUUAUAAAAAUACACACCUAAUGUAUUGUUCUCAGAAAGUCUGAUAUACCAGAUUUUGAAAGGUACUUAACUACUCUAGUACAACCCUUGCUUGAGGCAGAAAAUGUAGCUAUGUUUAGCAGAACUUUUAGGUACCAUUCUGGGAGAACACUAUCGUGUUACAAGGGCUACAAGUGAAAUAUUUUGCUUAUUGUAUAUAAUUUUGAAGCAGCUAUGGAAAUGGAUGGAAAUGUGUUACAGUAUGGGAACAUUGAACUUUUUUACAAGGCAGGCACAGCUGAUUUGGAGAAUAGAUCAAAUUAAAUCUCCAGAUUAAAGCUUUGCAUUGACCUAGUAAUGAAGUCAGCAAGUUAUGCUUAAUGUCAAGCAUAUAGCUGGGCGAAUAGAGAGAAUUAGUGUAUGUACUGUUUAGCUUUGAUCUACUAGGCAACUUACCCCAAUGAAGGAGCAUGAGAAAUGUUUCAAUUAAAAAAAACCAACUUCAAUUAUAAAUACUGCUGCAAUUAUCUCAUUUACUCCAAUUACUGAUUGGAGAUACAUUUACAAUAAUACAUACAUCUCAGCUGUACAGAAUAUUCUGUGCUUUUGAUACAGAUAAGGAUGUUCUUUUGCAACUAAGAUUCUUCCCUACUAUGAUUGCAUAGUCUGCCUUAACAUAAUAGUGCAUUUUAUGAGGCAUAACUCUCAAAUAUAGAUGAAAAAUGCAGAGCAAUGUGAAUAGCUUAGCAUGAUGUGUUAGCCAUAGCAGAUGAUACAUCUCCCCAAAAGGAUCUCCAUUAUUAGCUUGCAAACCAAAUACUCCUUUUGUAACCAGACCUCAGACUUUUGAUAAGUAGAGAGGGACUUCUCCCUCUAAGUAAUCCCGAUUUAGAAAUACCCUGCCUUAUAUUUCAGACUGUUGAAAAUCAGUUUGGAUAAACAACCCCAAUCCAAGGUUUUCCAACAUUGAGGGCUGGUGGGACUAUUUUGGGAUUCUAAGAUAAUGUUAUGGCCACACUCACAAAAUGUUCCCUAUCCCACCUUUUAAUCACCUCAGCUUGUUUGGUUUUUCUGGGAAAGUGGGCAAAGUUCCAAAGAAAGCAUUGAAGUGUAUCCCUUGCCCCAUCUUUUUUUUAAAGAAUGCCUCCAGUAUAUAUGCAGAGCUCAGAGCACUAGGGAUGUGGGGGAGAUAACUUCUGCUUCAGGAUACCACUUUGCAGAUACCGUAUUUUUCCGACAAUAAGAUGCCCCCAGGUACAAGACAACCCCCACUUUUCCAGCCCA